CCUCUCCCUCCCCACCACCCGUGGCUGCUGUGUUCAGACGGAGAAUGUUCUAGCGCUGGGGGCGGCUGCGCAUGAAGUCCUUGGGGGGAAAAGGAGCAGGCCAAGGGCGAUGGUGGAGUAGAGCUGCCUCACCGAGGCAGCAUGAGCUGAGAGGGUGAUAGGAAGGAAGGAGGCGCUAGACAGCAUGGAGGACUUUCUGCUCUCCAGUGGGUACCAGCUGGGCAAGACCAUUGGGGAAGGGACCUACUCAAAAGUCAAAGAAGCAUUUUCCAAAAAACACCAAAGAAAAGUGGCAAUUAAAAUUAUAGACAAGAUGGGAGGGCCAGAAGAAUUUAUCCAGAGAUUCCUGCCUCGGGAGCUCCAGAUUGUUCGCACCCUGGACCACAAGAACAUCAUCCAGGUGUAUGAGAUGCUGGAGUCUGCUGACGGGAAAAUCUACCUGGUGAUGGAACUGGCUGAAGGAGGGGAUGUCUUUGACUGUGUGCUGAAUGGGGGGCCACUGCCCGAGAGCCGGGCCAAGGCCCUCUUCCGUCAGAUGGUCGAGGCCAUUCGCUACUGCCAUGGCUGUGGUGUGGCCCACCGGGACCUCAAAUGUGAGAACGCCUUGUUGCAGGGCUUUAACCUGAAGCUGACUGACUUUGGCUUCGCGAAGGUGUUGCCCAAGUCACGCCGAGAGCUGAGCCAGACCUUCUGCGGCAGCACAGCCUACGCCGCGCCCGAGGUGCUGCAGGGAAUCCCCCAUGACAGCAAGAAGGGGGACAUCUGGAGCAUGGGUGUGGUCCUGUACGUCAUGCUCUGUGCCAGCCUACCUUUUGACGACACAGACAUCCCCAAGAUGCUGUGGCAGCAGCAGAAGGGGGUGUCCUUCCCCACUCAUCUGGGCAUCUCGGCCGAAUGCCAGGACCUGCUCAAGCGGCUCCUGGAACCAGAUAUGAUCCUCCGGCCCUCAAUUGAAGAAGUUAGUUGGCAUCCGUGGCUAGCAAGCACUUGAUAAAAGCAAUGGCAAGUCCUCCCCAAUAAAGCAGGGGGAGAAAGCAAACCCAAAAACCCGCUUCUAAGAUGCUGAUAUGUAUUUUACACUUUACUUCUCUCCUGAAACUUACCUACACCCUCCCCAGCUUUACUUCUCUUUCCCUUAAAAGAUCUUCAUGCAACCAGAGGGCCUCAUUCAGACUUCCCUUUUAUUACAGCUAACAAGUGAUUUUCACACAGGUGUUUAACUCAAGUUAAUGAAAAAUAGACCCCAGAAUCAUACACACACACCGGGGAGGAGAGGGGAAAAGUGACCAAGAGCAACUGGAACCAUCGCUGUUGCAACUUCCUUUCCAAAUAAAAGCAGAAGCGUUGGGAAUGCAGAGACGGCCUCUUGACUCCUUGCCUCAGUGAGAGGCCUGCUGGGGGCCCGGUCUCUGCCUCACCCCAGAGUCUAAGCUGAGUCUAAGGUGAGGACAGGGGACCUCCUAGGGACCCAGACCACCCCUGCUGCCAUCCCUGCCCCUUCCCCAGGCUCGACGCCAGAAGCCAGCCUGCACACUGUAUUUGUCCUGCCCUGCCUCUGGGGCAGCCACUGCUGGGGAUAAGAAUAGACCCCCAGACACCUUCCAGCUUCUGUUGAAUCUCUUUAAUGCUGUUAACGGCAAGUCUGGAAAAGGUUCAGGACAAAGUUCUUUUUUCUUUCUUUUUUAAUUACAAAACUAACAGCUGUUAGAAUCUUUUUUUUUUUCCUUUUUUCUUUUCCUGGCUACAAAAUACUCUGGGGAGAUGCAUUAUAAUUUAAAAUAUAUAAUAUUGCACAAACAACCAAAAGGUUAAUUAAACUAAAAUAAUUACAAAGAGAAAAACCCCAUCCCAUCAAAAAAAAAAAAAAAAGAUUCAACAUUCUUU